AUGUCAACACAUCAGAUCAAAUAUGUCGACCCAACAGCUCUUCACGACGCAGACGGCCAUCCUAUACCCCAUUGGUCCAAAGUAGAAGGCCCAUUCCAAUCCUUCAAGCUCCUCGAGCACGAAGUCGCAAUCGAGGAUAUCACCGGUCGCGAGUCUCUUUUCGCCAUCGACGUCUGCGGUUUCGCCGUCCACCACUGCCCAGUACCUUACGCCGUCUUCACAGACGACAGCACCAUCAAAAAAGACUACUACCCAACCGUCGAGCGCCUCCUGCGCCGCGCCCUCGGAGGCGUUAAGCGCGUCGUCAUCUUCGACCACACCACGCGCCAGAUGGCCAAGCACUCGUCCCGCAAGCCCGUCCUGCAGGUCCACGUCGACCAGACCGCCCAUGCUGCAGAAGCACGUGUCCAAAGACAUCUACCGCGUGCCGACGCAGAAGUGCUGCUUGCGUCGCGCUAUUCGUUGAUAAACGUCUGGCGACCUAUCGGAAAUCCUGCUGUCGAAUAUCCGCUUGCAGCUUUGGAUUGGCGCUCGCUGGAUGCCACGGACUUUGUGCAUGUCGACUUGUUGUACCCAACUAAUGCUAACGACGAUGAUCAGGAGCUAGAGUCGAUUCCGGCACCAGACACACUAGAAUCAACUGCGGGUUAUGAAGUGAGGGGCGAGACGUAUGGUAUUGCGCCGAAUAGUAGGCAUCGGUUUUAUUAUGUUAAGAACAUGACUCCGGACAGUGCGAUGCUUAUUAAAUGCGCUGACUCGAAGGGGGCGGGCUUGCCGGACGGAUCGGAUGGUAUAGCGAGUUGUUGUCCGCAUACUGCAUUUGUGGAUCCGGAGACACCGGAAGAUGCGCCGAGUCGGCGGAGUGUUGAGGUCCGGUGCUUGGUUUUCUUUGAUGAAUAA